ACCCGGAGUAAAUGUGGUGGGGUCGUGCCCACAAUCGGGAAUGAGGGGUAGACCCCUCACUCCGCAGGCCCGGCUGGCACAGGCAGCGCGAACGAGGAAUCAAGCCAAGGCCAGUGCCAGCCAAGAGCCUCCAAGGAGGGAACCCGAACCAGGGAGAAGGAAAGAGGCUGUGGAAGUAGAGGACGGCGAUGAUGAAGAGGAAGAGGACGAGAGGCUGCGCAGAGAAGAGGAUCAGAGAGCGGAGCAGCGGGCAAGGAAAAAGGGAACCAGGGGAGAGGCCGAACCGGUCAUACAUGACGGACCGCCCAAAAAGAAGAAAUACGCGGUCCGGUUGGAAGAGGGAUUUGACGUAGAGAAGGUGAUUGACCGGCUGCUGGAAGGGCAUAAUGACGUCAUGAUCCUGAAGGAAAUCCUAGCGUCAGCCCCGCGACUCCGCGAUGAACUGAAGGGGAGGUUAUCACGGCGCCUGGUGCCCAAUGUCCAUCUGGGUACGAUCCUGCCCAAGGAGGCAGAGUGGGCAGAGUCAAAUACGAAGAUGGACUGGAAGUGCGUAGCCUGCGGUACGGUGGAUUUGAUGGUGAAGGGUUCCAAGUGCGCAGCAAUGGUGGACACCGGGGCAGAGAUGAACAUUAUUCGGGAGGCGGACGCGAUCAGAUUCGGGCUGGAUAUAGACCGUUCUGACUGCGGUAUUCUACAUGGAGCCAGCUGUAAGGCCGUGUUUUGCGGGACAGCCUCGAAUGUGCUUGUCGAGGUUGGAAAGGUGAAGGCCAGGGCAUGUUUUUUCAUAAUGCCGGACGUGGACCAUGGAAUCCUCUUGGGGAGGUCAUUCCUAAGCAGGACAGAGACUGUGAUGUUCAACAAACAUGAUGAGACGUUGAUCCUCCUCUUAUGCGAUCCUGCCUGCAUGAAUUAUGAAAUAAUUACUUGCAGGAACACCGGGCCAAGGAGUAUAAGGAAUCGGCCCAGUCCAGGAUCAUUCACAAUCGAGGAGUCGGAAGGGGAGCGUAGGAGGCUCUGGGCAGAGCCCGAAGCAGGAGAGAGGGUGAAAGCAUUUUCCCUUAACCUGUCAGAUGUUGGGAAGGCCAUGGACCUGGUGGCCGCGCAUGAGAUGGCAGAUCCAGGGCCAUGUCGUAUCAACGAAGGGAACGAGAAGGAGUUGAUCAUAGGGGAGUCUGAUUUCCUGCUGCCUCAGGAGCGAACGUUGAUGGUGGAAUUAAUGAAGAGGAAGCAUCGCGCCUACGCGUUUAGUGACGAGGAGCAUGGCAGGUUGGAUGUGGACAAGAUACCUAUGAUCCGCAUCCACACCGUGCCACACGAGCCUUGGAACAUGAGAGGGGUGCGAUAUCCCAAUCCUGACGAGGAAAGGAAGGUGGUGGAUUACCUCGACGGCAAGAUACGUACUCACGUCGCCGACUAUUCAAGUGGACYGUAUGCGUCCCCGUGGUUCUGCUUUAUUAAGCCUAACGGGACGCUGCGGUGGGUGCAGGAUUUGCAAAGACUGAAUGCAGUGACCGUGCGAGAUGCUGGAGGACUGCCGAAUGCAGACGCGCUGUCGGAAUCCUGUGCUGGAAGGCCUAUAAUUUCGCUUAUAGACCUUUACUCAGGAUACGAUCAGUUCCCAGUCUACCCGCCGGAUAGGUCGGUGACGGCUAUGCACACGCCGCGAGGAUUAGUCCACAUGAACGUGGCCCCACAAGGGUGGACCAAUGCAGUAGCAAUGGUCCAACGGGCCAUGAUUCGGGCCAUGCAGUCUGUCAACCCCCAUAUCACACAGCCAUACAUAGACGAUUUGGCAGUGAAGGGGCCAGCGAUGAAAGAGAGCGACGAAGUCUCACCAGGGGUAAGGCGCUUUGUCUGGAAACACAUCCAGGACCUCGAAAAGGUCCUGAGCCUGCUUGAAGAGCAUAACCUCACGGCAAGCGGGGCCAAAUCUAGACACUGCAUGAGGGAAGCGACUAUCUUGGGGAUAGUCUGCAAUGAGAAGGGCCGAAGGCCGGAUGUGAAGAAGACGGACAAGAUUACUGAGUGGCCAGUUCCGUUCCACUCAAUAACUGAUGUCAGGAGCUUCCUUGGGAAGAAGAUGAAGGAAGCAAGCCAUGGAGUACGCCUGGAGGCUAUGGAGAUGGAAAUUCAGGAACUCAGGGCCUUGGUGGCUUGCCAGGCAGCUAUCAUCGAGAGUCUGAGGCAGCAAACCCAGGGAAGGAUGGACAGGCCAGAGAGCAGCAGGCAGGGAGAGCAGAGGCAGCCAGGACAGGGAUUGCCAGGAAAGCCAUCUGCAACAGAGCCUCGCCAGGAGCCACCUAUGGGGAGAGUUAUCCUGGAGCCAGAGGAGGCGAGAGCCCAGAGACAGGCAGAGAGAGAGGCGUUCGAGUUUAGAGCCCCUACUGAUCUCGCGACGCUGCCAGUGGCGGUGGCAGGCCCAGUCGUACCUUUGGCAGUAGAGGAGGGGCUGCCACCAUAUAGCAGUGAGUCGGCUCAGGGCUCAGCAGAGGGAUCCAUGGGCGUGCUCCUUGAGGCAGUGCAUACUAUGCGGGAGGAGGUGAGUUUGUUUUCACCUGAGCAGAGGAUAGAGGAGCCUCUUGAGAGAGAGAUAGGGAUUGAGGCGGAGAGUGCCAUCGAGAGCAGGCUCCAGAGGACGGGCACGCCUGAGUAUGGGCCAGAGGAGAUUGAGGAGCAGCCCAUGACAGUGUAAGGAGAGACACUCGAGAAGAAACCUCAGAGGUUGGACACACCUGAGUACGUCCCGGUGACAAGGGAUUUGA